CUCUAGUCGCCUCCCGCUGCUAAUGUCUUUCCCCUUCGCUUGAUACUCUCUGCCCUGCCAUUCCAUGUACGUCACUCGACGUCGACGACCGAGGACCUUCUCGACGUUGGCGGCGGUGACGAGGGACCCGACGAAGUUGUUGACGACCCGAGUUGGUGAUUCCAGUGAAGAAGAAAUCGCCGGUAGUCGAGUUGGAGUUCGGCUUGCAGGCGAAGCCAAUCAAUUUCGGCCCUGCGAAAAUGGGUAAUUUUAGGGAUUGCUUUGAUUCAAUCUCGUUGACUCCCGACAAAUCGACUGGAGCAAUCGAAGAGAUGGACGGAGCGACAGGCGAAUGGAUAGGUGUUGGGGAAUGGAUGGUGCAGACUGCAGAGCGAAUGGGUGUGGGGCAAUGCAUGGGUGCGGCGGAACUCAGGGAAGAAAUAUAAAAGGUUUCAAAUUGGAGAAGAAGGGCUCGAUGUCAACCCAUCCUCUGUAUGUGUUUCUCGAGGAAGGAGGCGGUAGGUUCAGCUCGAUCAAUGAAGGAAGGAAUAGCGGUGGGUACGGGGUUCGUCGGAGGAAGAUCGUCGCCUUCGUGGUCGCCUUCGCCUUCGUCGAUGGCAAUCAGGGCGGGUUCGAUGAAGACGAUAAGGAAUGAGGAAAGAGAGAACAAAAGGUGGGUGAGUAAAAAUGAGUGGCUCUG